CCUUUUUAUAUUGGUUUUAGUUCCCUAGUUUUUCCAGAAUUGCCCGCCGCUGAUUUUAAUUACUUUCUCUUUAAAAAAAAACAGUGAUUAUAAUAGAAAGCCUUGUGAUUAAACGUGGGACAUUGAUUACCGUUCAGAGUAAUAGGAAUCAAUAACCUUUCGGAUAAUAAGUACACUCGAUUCCGAUGCUAGAUAUACACAACAUUUUUUCAUCAUUGCGUCGAUACUGAUCAUUCAAUCAAUCGAUCUAUACAUUUAUACACAACUUUACACACGUACAUCUCAUUUGGUGCUACAAUAUCCACAAUAUUAGCAUAGACUCCCAUCAUGAUCAAGAAGGAAGAAGAUUCGAAGCAUGAUAUCAAGUCCGAUAGGCUGAAAAAAAACGAAGACACGAGCAGCGAAGAUGAAGAAAUGGACGAAGCCGAGCUGAAUUGGUGGGAGCAGGAGAAUAUGCAAAUAGCGACCAGAGGAGAAAAGCGGUGGGAUACCCUCCACCACAACGGUGUCCUCUUUCCACCACCAUACGAACCGCACGGCAUUCCGAUUUUUUACGAAGGCGUAGAGUUUAAAAUGCUUCCUGAGGAAGAGGAAGUGGCCACCAUGUUCGCUGUCUUGAAAGAGAACGACUACUACCGCAACGAGAUCUUUCGCCGCAACUUUUUCCGUAGCUGGCGUGAGAUAUUAGACCGCCGCCCGCACCCCAUUCGCCGGCUGGAGCUGUGUGAUUUCGAGCCGAUCUACCAAUGGCAUCUCGCACGUCGCGAGAAGAAGUUGAAUCGCACGAAAGAGGAGAAGAAAGAGGCGAAGAUGCGCGCCGAUGCCGAGGCGGAGCCCUAUCGCUGGUGUGUUUGGGAUGGCCGCAAGGAGCAGGUCGCGAACUUUCGCGUGGAGCCGCCGGAUUUGUUUCGCGGGCGUGGAAAGCAUCCCUUGGCGGGAACGCUCAAGGCGCGUGUGAUGCCGGAGGAUAUCACGAUCAACAUCAGCCCGGAUGCGAAAAUUCCGGAUCCCCCCGCCGGGCAUCAUUGGAAGGCGGUUCAACACGAUAACACCGUUACCUGGCUCGCGAUGUGGCGGGAUAACGUAACGGGAAAUUUCAAAUACGUCAUGCUCGCUCCAUCCUCCGCGGUGAAAGGGCAAUCCGAUCUGGUGAAGUUCGAAACCGCGCGAAAGCUCAAGGAUCACGUCGAAACGAUCCGCGAAAACUACACCAGGAGUUUUAAAUCUUCGGAUAUCCACACGGCGCAGCGCGCGGUGGCGAUGUACUUUAUUGACAAGUUGGCGCUUCGUGUGGGGAAUGAGAAGGGAUCGAAUGAGGCCGACACCGUCGGCUGUUGUUCGCUUCGCGUCGAGCACCUGGAGUUGAAGCCGGAUAACGUGGUUAAGUUCGACUUCCUCGGGAAGGAUUCGAUCCGCUACAUCAACGAAGUGAAGGUGCUGCCGGAGGUUUACGCGCUGCUUGCUAGGUUUACACGCGGAAAGCGCAAAGACGACGACGUCUUCGACCACCUAACACCAACGCAGCUCAACGAUCACCUCAAGUCGUUCAUGGAAGGCCUCUCGGCGAAGGUUUUCCGUACCUACAACGCCUCCAUCACACUAGACCGGUGGUUCAAAGAGAAACCUGUAGAUCCGAAGAGCACCAUCCCGGAAAAGCUCGCCUACUUCAACAAAGCCAACAUGGAAGUGGCCAUCCUCUGCAACCAUCAGAAAUCGGUCUCGAAGAGUUUCGCCAAGCAAUUCGCCCAACUAACGGGGAAGGCGCAGCACACGAAACGAAUUCUCGACGGUCUCAAGAAAGUGCGGGACACGGCGAAGAGCAAAUCCUUCGAGGCGGCUGUUAAGGAAUUCUUCGAGGAGCAGGAUCGCGUGCAGUACGAAUGGCUCGAUUUGUACGGAACGGAGGAGCAGAAGAAGGAAUACGCGGAGUUGGUAGCGAAUCGCGAAAAACCAAAGAUUCGCUGCACCUCUGGCAAUAAGAAGAAAAGCUCGACGUCCAAAUCCAAGGCGAAGUCCGCGAAGAAGUCCAAGCCGGCGGCGAGGAAGAAUGGUGCGAAAAAGGGGAAAUCCAAAAGCACCAAAAAGACCAAAAAAGCAGUCCCAAAGAAGGCCUCGCCGAAAUCCAAAGCUCCAGCUACGAAAAUCAAAAAGGAAGAGGCGGACGUCCCUAAUGGGAAGACUCUCGCUAGCAUGGCCUCGAAAAAACGCCCUGCAAAACGUCCUCGUGCAGUGAAAGAGGAAGAAAGCGAAGAUGAUGUUCCUAUAUCAGCAUUAUAG